UACGUUACUUAGCGUUAGGCGCAUCCGGUUGAGCACUUUGAGGUCCGCUCGGGUUUUCACUGUGAAGCUUGGCUCUCGGUCUGCAGGAUGUACGGAUUCUUUCGGCUGCUGUUGCAGGUGCUAUCGGCCCAGCUGCUCUGCGUGUGGGUGCUGGGCUCCGAGCUAACGUUUGAGCUACCAGACAACGCCAAGCAGUGUUUCUACGAAGACAUCAUCAUCGGCACCAAGUGCACGCUGGAGUUUCAGGUGGUGACCGGUGGCCAUUAUGAUGUGGACUGUCGUUUGGAGGACCCAGAAGGCACUACACUCUACAAAGAGAUGAAGAAGCAAUAUGACAGCUUUACCUUCACAGCGGCCAAGAAUGGCACCUUCAAGUUCUGCUUCAGUAACGAAUUCUCCACCUUUACACACAAGACGGUGUACUUUGACUUCCAGGUUGGCGACGACCCUCCACUCUUCCCAAAUGAGAACAGAGUCACUGCUCUCACUCAGAUGGAGUCAGCUUGCGUGUCGAUCCACGAGGCCCUGAAGUCGGUCAUCGACUACCAGACCCACUUCCGCCUUCGUGAGGCACAGGGACGCAGUCGGGCGGAGGACCUCAACACCCGUGUUGCAUUCUGGUCCAUCGGUGAGGCCAUGAUACUUCUGGUGGUCAGCAUCAGUCAGGUGGUCUUGCUGAGAAGCUUCUUCUCUGACAGGAAGACCACUACAACACGCGUCGGAUCGUAACAGUCUCUGAGCCCCAGGAUCUGAUUCACCACUUUCUUUAUCCGUACCUGGACCUGUGCACAGAGUAAGUUAGAAUAUCAGUGCUGAUCUGAAAUUGGAUCAUAUCAAACUGCCAGGUCGUACAAUCUGACACGUCAUCUGUACUCGGCGCUGAUUUUCUUACUAACUUUAUGCAAAUUAGUCUUGAGCUGAAAAGUUAUGUACGUUUAAAAUGUUUUUGCGGGAUAAAAGAGAACGUAAUGAAAGGCUUUCUUUUGUUACUUGUAACUAUCUGUAUUGGAGGCCGAUUACGGUCAGAUAGUUAAAGCAGACCUUAAAUACUUAAAAUAUUUGAAGUAAUUUCAGAAUGUGUUCUGAUUGUAUUUAUGUUCUUUUCUACCCCCGUCAUUUCAAAUGCUCUUUCCCUGAUCUAUUCCAUUUUUCAGCCCAAACUGUGCACUGAAAUGACAAAGAGUGUAAUUUGUGACUAGAUGUACUCAGACUGCAAGGUUUAUGGUUUUGUUUAUUUCUUUACGGGCAGAGCAUCGGGUCUCUAAAACCACACUAGCUAAGCAGAGUUUUACCCCACUAAGGUUGCAUUUGGUUAUGAAAAAUACGCUGUUUUUUUUUCCUCUAUUAAACCUCGCUGUGUUAAGUGAGAGAGUAGAUAUUGUGUUGUGUUUUUAUGACCUUUGUCAUUUUAGAUGAGUUAUUAGGCGAACUAUCUCAUAAAAUGUUAUUAUCUAUGUGACUCAGUGUGGAAGACAAAAAAAAGAAAUAACAGAUAUUAUUCUUUUGUUUGAAAAUGACACAUUUUGUGUGUUUAGCCAGCAAUUUUAAGUGCACCAUGUCUUUCACUGGCUCCCUUGCAAUGUUAUAGCUAGUCCCGCCUUUGCUGUUUGAAGUGUAACAACCUAUUUAUCUUGUGGGCUGAUGUUGCUCUUUUGGUUUUAUACAGCACUGUUGUAAAAUUCAUGUUUUGCAAACAAUUGCUUGAUUAUAAGUUAAUUCCAGUACCUUGAGUUGUAAAUGUGAUUUGAAUUUUUUUUUUUUUUUUUUUUUUUAUCCCUGACUGCCUACUCGACUGAUUUUCCAAAGGAACAGGAAGGAAGAUUUAGACGGCUUAAAUCUACUGUGGCUCUAUAUUAUAUGACUGCUUCUAAACAGUUGAGAGUGCAGUUACAGGCUUACUUUAAGCUGGUAGUGUUGCUCCAGACAGGAAUCACGUAAAGUCAGUGGGUCAUUCUUUCUGUCACUGUUUUGAUUUGUAAACAAAAUCUAACGGAAGAUUUUGCUCUUGGACACGAAACAUGAAUUAACUUUUGAAGUUCACCUGUAGAGUUUUUACAGUACACAACCUGAAUGAGCAGAACACAGUUGUAAUGUGAGAUAAAUAUUAUAUUCCAGACAAAGACGGACUUUAACACGUAACCCACUGAACAAAACUAAAAACUAUGCUCUUAUAGUUUGGUCUUGUUUAACUGUCAUUACUGAUUCUAGAGGCAUUGGAAAAUAACUAAUAACAAUGUUUGACAGUCUUGGUAGAAGGUGCAGGGUUGGCUUUUCAGCUUUAGCUGUAUGCGCUGACAGGUCAUUUUUGGACUAGAGCUGCAAUGGUUUAUCGAUUAGUUGACUAUUAAAUUAAUCGACAACUAUUUUGAUAGUGGAUCGAUUGGUUUGAUUAAUUGUUUCAGAAAAAAAAGUUUUAAAAAGAACUGCAGUUAAUUAUAUGUGAAUAUUUGUCUGGUUUCUUUACUCUAGUAACUGUCUAGUGACAGUAAAUUGAAUAUCUUGAGUUGUGGAAAAAACAAGGCAUUUGAGGAUGUCAUCUUUGGUAAACACUGAUAAUUUUUCACAAUUUUCUGACAUUUUAUAGACUAAACAACUGAAUAAUCCAGAAAACAAUCAACCGAUUAAACGAUGUAAUCAUUUGCAGCACUAUUUUAAAAACAAAUUCAGCUCUGAUGCAUUCUGGGAACUGUUUAAUUGAGACAGCUGAAUACAUUUUUUGUUGAAAGGUCGAAGUAUUGUUUUAAUGAUUUAUCAUUAAUAAACACUUGCUUUUCAGGGA